AUGGAAAGUUUACACUCAGAAAACAAAAAAUAUCAGUGUAGCUACUGCAGUAAGGCCCUUUCGUCUAGCUCCAACCUUAUUUUAUUUUUAAAAAAUAUUAUAAUUUAUAUUUUUUUAAAUUUCAAAACAUCUUAAUUAAAACAAAUUUAAUAUUUUAAAAUCAAAGCUUUAAAUGAAUUAAUAUAGAUUUUAAUUAUAAAGGCCAUAAUUAUUAACCAAAUAUUUUUAUAUAGAAUAUUAUGUCCGCUAGAAUUGGAGAGAAGUAAGCAAAAUCUUAGAGAGCAUAUGUUCACCCACAGUGGUGAAAAGCCUUAUGUGUGUAAAGAAAAAGGAUGCGGAAUUAGAUUUCGUCAAGGAAGUCAACUCUCAGCACAUAAGAGGAUUCAUAAAGCUAUUCAUGGGAAGACGCAAAAGGUAGACUUUUAUGACAUCAAAGUAAGCGUUAAUUCAGCUAACUGAUAUCUUAUACUAUUUUUAUUAAUUUAAAACAAAGAUAGCUCGGCCACUGAUUUUUUCGAUAUAAAAAAUAAAAAAUCUAUAGUUUUUUUUAAAUAAAAAUUAAUUAAUAAGGCAUAAUAAAAUACCCAGAUUUCUUGGGUGAAAAAUUUAAAGGAAGUAGUACCCAGCCCACUUGCAUGAGAAUCAGUGUACCACUAAUCACGAAUCCGCAAGAAAAUACCGUGCUUCCUUCGGUUUUUCAAUAA